AUGAUCGCAACAAGUGACAGGCGUGACCAAGCGUUGCUGUGUUUCCCCAAUCCCAAGAUUUUUAGGUCGCCGUGGGCGACCUUCGCUCUGGGAGCUGCUGCCGGCUCGUGCGCCGCGCUUUGCGCUUGGAAGCUCUAUUCCGUCUACUCUGCUGACGAGCCGCAAGAAAUCACGUAUAACGGUGACCAUGCAGGUCUGGCCUCGCUUCAAUCUGCAGCAGCAGAGGAGCAAGAGCAGCAUCAUCAUCGGCAGGAGCAGCAGCAGCAGCAGCAGCAGCCGCACCAGGAGAAACAGCUUCACGAGCAGCACCCGAAACCACCUGAAAAAUCACCUGAUUCAGACUCAGCUCCUGAGUCGCAGCACGGUGCUAACAGUCAGGAACCUUCUGGUGAAGACGAGACACGUGGCAGUGGCGGAUUGGAUGGCCAGGAUCUUGCCAGCUUGGCAGCGGCUGAUGAUGACAUCAUCGUAGAACAGUUUACCAGGAAUAUUCAAAUGUUUGGUCUGCCCGGCCAGUUGGCAGUGCACCGGGCGUUUGUGGUGGUGGUGGGGCUGGGGGGGGUAGGCAGCCAUGCUGCUGCUGCUCUCCUGAGAUGCGGGGUUGGCAGACUGAGACUCGUUGACUUUGACCAGGUGUCACUCUCCUCACUCAAUCGCCAUGCUGUUGCCACGCGGGCAGACGUGGGGAUUUCUAAAGCGCAGUGCAUGAGGGAGCACUUCCUUCGCAUCCUGCCCGAAGCGCGAGUGGAAGGGAUGACAGCCAUGUACACGGAGGAGACCGAGGAGAAAGUUUUGUCCGGGCAGCCCGACUACGUUGUGGACUGCAUCGACAACAUCGACACAAAGGUGGCUUUGCUAUCAGCCUGUGUGCGCCGUGGUCUGCCGGUCAUCAGUGCCAUGGGGGCCGGCGCUCGGGCCGACCCCACUCGCAUCCGCAUCGCUGACAUCAGCGAGUCAUCCAUCGACCCUCUCUCUCGAGCUGUGCGGCAGCGGUUGCGCAAGGCACUGGGGGCAGCAGCAGCAGUGGAGGCGGUGUUUUCUUUGGAUCGCCCCAAGGCCAAGCUGCUGCCUGUUGCUGAUGACUCCCUGCAGCCUGCUGACUUACAGGUGGUCCCAGGGUUUCGUGUAAGAGUCAUCCCCGUCCUGGGAACCAUCCCAGCCAUGUUCGGCCUGGCGCUGGCGACACGUGUCGUCACCUCAUUGGCCGGAAUGGACGUGGGGUUUGAGCCGGUGUUGCGGUUAAGUGCAGACCAUUACUCGCUGCUGCAUCAGCGGUUGGUGGAGAGGGAGGAGAUGCGGUUUGGUUCGGCUCAAGAGGUGGAGGUGGACAUGGAUGACGUCAUGUUUGUGGUGAGGGAGGUGUGGCGCGGCCGCAGCGCGUGGCAGCAUCUCCGGGAGAAGGAAGCUGCCGAGAAGCUUCUUCACAGCCAGUCGGGCAAAUGCGGGGCCGAUGUUGGAUCACAGGAGGAGGAGGCGACGACAGGGGGAGAGGAGAGAGAGAGGGGAGAGAAAGAGGGGGGCACUCAGGAGCAAGGAGAAAGUGAGGGGGGCACUUGGGAGCAGAAACUUGGAAAUGGACAAAUGGCAGAGGAGCAAGGAGUAGAGGAGGGGAGAGAGGAGGGGAAGAAGGAGAAUGGGACUCAGGAACAGGGAAGGAGCGGACAGCAGCAGCAGCAGAGGAAGAAGGGGGAGCGUAGAAAACGGGCAGUGAAAGCUGCUAGUGAUAGAAUUGGAAUUGGAGGAGGGAGAGGAGGAGGUGGAAUAGGAGGAGGAGGGAUGGAUGUAGGGCGAGCAAUCUGGCAGUCUAUGGGACACAUGACUCUCACCAGGUGGAAUGCGGCUCUGCCUCCCACCAUUGACAAUCUUGUUCUCUUCACAUUCGACGAGGCGGAAGCACAUGAAGCGAUGUCAUUGGAGCAGGUGGAAUUGGAGCAACCAGAGCUGUUUCGAUUGGUGGAUUCCACCUUGGAACGAGCGCGGAGAUUGUACACAUAG